CUUCUUCCUUCAUUGAACACAUUUACUUUCAUUGUUCAACUUUCUCGCAUUAUCUUCCACCAAUUUAACCCUACUUGCACACAUCCCUGUGUUAAUUCCUACCAAGAAAAUUCUUGUAUGUGGGGAGUUUCAACCUACACACACCCACACCCUCUUUUUUUAUGUAUUCGCUAGAGCUUAUGUACGGUUGAAUCUGCCAGGGAAAACUUUGUUAUAGCAAAUGGGUUUGUGUAAUUUUGUAAGAUAAAUUCAGAGAAUGGCAAUUUGUUACUGUUUGUUGAGAUUUUGAAAUAUUGGGAUUCAAUACCAUUCUUCCAUUUCUUUUGUCGAAGGUAAGCUCAAUUUGGUUUGGGGCUGCAUAUUUUCGUAAUGCACUUGUCUUCAGUUUUGGUUAUUCUCAAGUGUAACUACAAAUUAAACAAACUGUUAAAAUUGGAUGGAAAACCAUUUGAAGCAUCAUUGAGGAGAGUAAAGAUAGUCAGGGAGGGAGAUGAAGAAGAACAUUGAGAAAGUUGUUUAGAGGGAUUUAUGAUGAAUAGUAUACUAAAAAUCUGGUCUUAAACCGAAAUUAAUGCAACUUUGCCAAAACCUACUUACUGGAAUAAGGCUUUGAUUGUGGUGGUGGUUGAAAUUUGAAGAUAGAAUUUUGCUUCAGUGAAUUUUCUUUUGAAAAUGUAUUUAUGCAAGAUUUAAAUAGAUAAGCCCAUGAUUGGAUAGUUUCAUUGAAUGGUCAUUUUCUUACUAUUGUCUUAUUAGUGGAUUUGGAAGCUGUGGCAGAAACAGUUGAAAAUUCUACUGAUCAAAUAUCAGCAGCAUUUGAAGGCAGUUCUAUUGGGGAGCCAGAUGUUGGUAUGGAAUUUGAGUCAGAGGAAGCUGCUAAGAACUUUUAUGAGAAAUAUGCAAAACAUGAAGGGUUUGUUGUUCGCCUUGAUCGCUGCCACCGUUCUGAGGUUGACAACCGAAUCAUUUCACGCCGUUUUUCAUGCAAUAAGCAAGGUUUUCAUGUGAGGGUUAGAAAUAAAACCAAGCCUGUUCAUAAACCAAGGACUAGCAUAAGAGAAGGUUGUGAAGCCAUGAUGUUGGUUAAAGUUAAUAAAUGUGGGAAGUGGGUGGUUACUAAAUUUGUGAAGGAGCACAGUCAUCUACUAAAUGCUUCUGGUUCUCCUUCAUAUAGUAAAAUGAUUGAGUCAAAGGAUAGGAUAAUUCAACAACUCACAAAGGAACUUGAGUACCGAGAUCGAUUAUGUCAGCAAUAUCGCAGACAGCUAUUCUCCCUUCUGGAGACUGUUGAGGAACAAACAGAAAGUUUAUCAAAAAAUGUUGAGCUUGUUGUUAACAAUAUAAGAAAUCUUUAGAAUGAAGUGCAAAAACCUUAUAACACUGACACUUCCACACAGGAUUUGUUAGAAAGCAAUAAUUUUUGUUUCAUCUUUUAUACUAACUUGGGUCUAAUGUAAAGGAUAGCAAUGAAUAGGAUAUUGGAGAUGAUUUGGCAAAAAGUAUCCAUUGUAAGCCUAAUAGAAUUCAUGCUACUUGAGUCAGAUUCAUUAUUA